AUGAACUGGACACAGACGCCAGUGCCCGCGGGCAUCAGCCGCCUCACGAGCAGCAGCUUGCCCACCUCUCAUGCCAGUGCAGCAGCUUGCCCACCUCUCAUGCCAGUGCAGCAGCUUGCCCACCUCUCAUGCCAACCAGACGCUGCAGGAGCCACCAGACGCUGCAGGAGCCACCAGACGCUGCAGGAGCCGCUGGACACCAAUGGACACGCGCUGGACAGGAGCCGCCAGGGGCGUGUCAGGGGCGGAGCCUCCAUGGUGUAUCUGAGGCGUUUCAUUGGCUGCGCCGUGAGGGAGUUCAGCUUCCUGGCCAAGAAGCCGGGAUGUGGUGGCCUGCACAUCACCACUGACGCCUGCUGGGGGCGCUGUGAGACCUGGGAGAAACCGGUGCUGGAGCCGCCCUACAUGGAGUCGUACCAGCGCGUGUGCACGUACAACGAGACGCGUCAGGUGACGGUGCACCUGCCCAACUGCUCCGCCCACGUGGACCCCACCUACACCUACCCCGUCGCCCUGCGCUGCGACUGUGCUGUGUGUCUGACCAGCACCACCGAGUGUAUCACGUCUGUCUGAACACACACACACACACACACACACACACACACACCUACACCUACCCCGUCGCCCUGCGCUGUGACUGUGCUGUGUGUCUGACCAGCACCACCGAGUGUAUCACGUCUGUCUGAACACACACACACACACACACACACACACCUAUCCCGUAGCCUUGCGCUGCAACUGUACUGUGUAUCUAACCAUGACCACCAAGUGCAUGAUGUCUGUCUGAACACACACACACACACACACACACACAGACACACACACACACACACACACACACACACACUGUCAUAAAAGCUCAUUACUCUCAUUAAAACCAGUAAUUCUGCUUCCUGGAAUAUCCCCUUAUUCAUUAAUGGCUUUAUAAAAUAUCAACAUCCAAGGCAGCUUUUAGGUAUUAAACCAACCACUGGCCCGAGCAUUCUGCCCAUCCUCCAGUUUUGACCAUUUUGAUCAAAACAUUUUGAAAACAAUCAAUGUUACUGUAAGAUGUAAAUAUUCUGUCAAGUUCAGGUUUCCCAGACACUGGGAGAGGGGGGAGGGGGUAUAAUGGCGCCAACUGGGCAUGGAUGGGGUGAGUAAAAGAGCAAAAACUGACUUGCCUAAUUAAAACUAGCUUAGUCUAGGGGUCAGUUGCAUGAUCACAUACAGUAAGACAAAUGACAUGCAAAUGAUAUGGCCUUAGAAUGUAUUGUAGCAAUCUGUAACUAGCAGAUAAGCACCACUACAACCUUAGUUCAUUUUCAAAAGAGCUGAUCAAGUGCUACACAGGGCUGCCAAGUUUCAGAAAAUGGCAAGCGUGAGAGUUCGUCCGCCGACCAUAGGACGAACCAUAGGACGAAAAAAAUUUUGACUGUGUCACGGCCCCAUGUCGCUGUGAGGUGCAGAGUUCCACCCUGCCACCAGGUGUCUGUCUUUGAGUUUCAGGCCGUUGGAGAGGAAACGAGCUGGCUGCUGAUUGGCCUGCACCAAGGGCCCGGUGUAGGCCAACCUUUUAAAUCUAUGGA